CAAUGCCAGAUCCGACCCGGUUUAUUACACAAAUACCCGAUUAGAAAAACAAAAUCAACCUCCUCCUCCUUCUUCCUCGGAAGAAAAGGUCACCGGAAAAAAAAAACAUUGUUAAAAUCAAAGGAGGGUUUUCACGUUAAAUUUUUUUGAUUUUUGUUCUUCUUUUCUUUUUUUUAUAUAGAAAAAUUAAUUUAGUUAAAUAAUUUUGGCUAUGGCGACUGAGGUGUUGAGGCCGCAAGACUGUUUGAUUGACCGGAUUAGAGUUCCACCGCCGGCGACGUUUUCUCGCCGGAGGAGUAACUAUGGAUACCCUAACUCGACUUGUAACGGUAAUAAUAAUUAUUAUGGUAAUAGUAACGGUAGCAACAGUUACGUGAACGGUAGAUCUAGCCGGAACCGAUUGGAGAAGCCGGAGCAGAGGAGAUCGAUCUCGAAGAGGUCGAGCUCCGAUGAUCUCAAGACGGUGAAGAUGGAUAAGGUUACGAUUUUGAGGCGUGGUGAGUCGCUUGAUUCGAAGAUCAAGAGCGAGCCGUUGGUGAAGGAAGCUGGUGGUGGUUUGGCCGUGUGUGGAACUCAGAGGUUAGGUCCCGAGCCGAAAAUGGUGCCGAAGAGGGUUGGGAUUGUGAAUCUGAAGUUCCCUGUGGCCGGAAAGACCGACGUGUACGCUGGAUCUGCUUUUGCGUUUUCGCCGGCGCCGAGCUCGCUUCCUUUGCCGUCGUUCUCGAAGAUGAAGCAGGUUCCGACUUUCGUCGAUGAUUCUGCCACCAGAGAUCUGAGGCGUUUGCUUCGAAUCGAAUGAUAUGUCACGAAAUGGAACAAUAAAGCUCAACCAGGUGAAGAUCGGAAAAAAGGAAAAAAAGUUCUCACUUCUCUCUCUCUCUCUCUCUCUCUCUGUCUUUUACUCAGUUACGUAUCUCUCUCGGCUUCAAGUCUGAUUCUUUCCGUUGUUUUUUGAAAACGGGGAAUAGAUCUGAAAUUUCGAGAAAAUACGGGACAAAUUAGAUAUCAAAAAAGGGGUUUUUCAUCGUGUUCGUGGGUUGAUUAUGGGUUAAGGUGGAGGAUAACUUAGUAAGAAAAUUGUUAUGGGGUGGGUUAAUGUGUAAUAUGUGGGAAAUAGUUAAGUUCUGUUCUGGUUUUGAAAAUGGGUUUUGGUUAUUUGGGGCUUCUGCUCUGUAAAUGUGAAUUUGUAAGGUAUUGACUCGUGUUGUACCAUUGUAUGUCUUUGUAUUGUAAAGGAAGAAGAAGAAGAAGAAAUUAGGGUAAAGUUAUGGGCAGAAUUCAAAUCGUAAUUUCUAAUAGGUAUCUUCCAUUUGUGUUUCUUUCUUUUCUAUUUUAGCUUCUCUGUAUCUCUAUCUCUAUGUCUGUGUUCUUCUGUAAAUAUGGCUAGCUUGCUAAAGAGGGUGAUGAGUCCUCUGUUAAUAAAUCUUGGAGAUUUCAUAUUU